CCUGUUCUUGGAUUUUUUGCUCAAAAAAUAUUUCAAAUAAUUUUACCACACUUCACCUGUGAGCUUCAUCGCCGUUUUUGACUGGUUAUACCACUAAGACUAGGGCAGAUCUCCCAGCCAUCAUGUCAACCCUCAACUAUUUCAACUACGAAGGCGUCGGCAAGACCAACAACAAGCUCUACUCCUACUCCCAAGCCGUGCGUGUCGGCAACAUCAUCAAGUGCUCAGGCCAAGGCGGCUGGGAUGCCGAGGGCAACAUCGACAAGGAUGACCUGAAAGGCCAGAUUGACCUUGCCUUCAAAAACGUCGAAAAGAACCUCAAGGACGCGGGCGCAAAGGGCUGGGCAGAUGUCUACUCUGUAAAGAGCUUCCAUAUUUCUCUUUCUGGAUCGUUUGAUCUCAUGGUGGAGGAGUUUCGCAAGUGGAUGCCUGAUCAUCAGCCGACGUGGACUUGUGUUGGUGUUACGGAGUUGGGUAUUCCGGGUAUGAUUGUCGAGAUUGAGGUUGAGGCAUACAUUUCUUAG